CCUGGAUUGUUUUUUUUUUUAAAUAGACUAUUCCCUUUAUCCCAAAGUCCCUAGUGGAACACAGCAACAAAAGCAGUGUGGAUUUAAGGGAGGAGAGAUGCUAAACUUCUGGGCAAGAGGCCUGCCCCAAAGAUAAAGCUCCUUUGGAACAUGCCUUUUGGGGAUUUCUCAUCAGCAGCUUCUUAGAGAAGGCCUUUUUCACCCAUUUUCAGUCUGGAAGAAGUCAGCAGCUGGUACCAGGCAGCCAGAAGCUUACAGUACCAAUACGGAUCCAAGGAUUGAGACACUCCUGAACAAAUUUGAUGUCUCACUGGUUCAUAAGCUCCAAACCCGAAUGGCAUCCUUCAAAAAGCUGUGGAUGGCAAUCGUUGGUACUGUGAUGGCCCUUUUGACCAUCACUGGCCUGAUCUUACUGAUCAUACUAAUCUUGCACAAGUACUAUUUCCACUGUGAAAACACCUACAAGUUUAUCCCAAGAUGGAAGGUGUGUGACAGACAUAAAGACUGUGCCUUGGGAGAGGAUGAGCAGCACUGUACUGAGAGCAUCUCUGAGGAAGAUUUGCCCCUGGUAGGAGUCCGACUCUCCAAGGACAGAUCUACUCUGCAGGUCAUAGACAGAGAGACAGAUUUCUGGUCUUCAGCCUGUUUUGACAACUUCACAGAAGCAUGGGCUAAAAUCGCCUGUAACCAAAUGGGAUAUAACAGAUUGAGCAUGGCUCCAACUUUCCAAGCCGUAAAGAUCGGCCCAGAACAGCAGCUGCCAGUCAGCAAGAUCACAGCCAAAGACCAGGAGCUCCAAGUGCAAACUUUCUCAGGGCCCUGCCUCUCAAUGUCCCUGGUUUCUCUUCAUUGUGCUGUCUGUGGAGAGAACCUGCUCGACUCCCGGGUGUUGGGCGGGCAGGAAGGAUCUGUGAAGACUUGGCCGUGGCAGGUCAGCAUUCAGCACCACAAGACUCAUUUCUGUGGCGGUUCCAUCCUAGACCACUACUGGAUCCUCACUGCUUCCCACUGUUUCAGGACCUAUCCAGAAGUGACCCAGUGGAAAGUAAAGGUGGGCACUGAGCAUCUGUACUCCAGAGACCGGUACUUGGAUCUAGACAAGAUCUUUGUCUUCCAAUUCAAUUACUUAUACCCCAAAGAGAAUGAUGUGGCCCUGAUUAAGCUGAAAAAGCCCCUUGUUAUGUCAGAUAGAGUCAGGCCCAUCUGUUUGCCUUUCUUUGAUGAGGAGCUGGCUCCAGACACCCCACUCUGGAUUAUAGGCUGGGGUUUCAUGAAAAAAUCAGAAGAGAAGUUUUCCAAAAUCCUGCAACAGGCAGAAGUCCAACUCAUUGAUAAAAAGCAAUGCAACCACGAAGACGCCUAUUUUGGGAGUAUCACCGAGAACAUGAUAUGUGCUGGUGUUCCUAGUGGCCACGUCGAUUCAUGUCAGGGUGACAGUGGCGGGCCUUUGAUGUACUUCAAGGAAAAGUGGCAGAUAGUGGGCAUCGUGAGCUGGGGUUAUGGCUGCGGGCAGCGCAAUAUCCCAGGUGUGUACACCAACGUCAGUUUCUUUCUCAACUGGAUUUAUAACAUCCGAAAGAAAUGAAGCUUCCGCUGUUGUGAAGAUUACUUUGUGAGCUGCUUUACCCAUCCCUCUUCCCUAACUCCAUCCUCAUCACAAGCAGAAGUUUCCACGUAGAGCAAGAUCUCAUUCCUCAGAGAAGACAGCUUCCUUCAAACAUUUCAAUGCUUCCCUAAUGCAACUAAGGGGCCCACCUUCAGAUGUCAUGCCCUAAAGAAGGAACUCCACAGGCCACCAUCUCAACCACCAACUCCCAGCCCAUCUCCCAAAAGCUUCUGGCUCAGGAUUCCAGAGUACUCUAUCAGUAUGCAGCAGGGCUGAACAGCUGUCCCUUCUUGUGGGCCCCCAGCUCCCCUGAGAGGGUGGAUGGGUGGGGAAAAAGCUCCUUUAGGAUCUUGCCCCAGGGCAGGGAGACCAGUUACUAUAUCCCAGAAAAGAGGAGGCCUUCCCUUACUGCUGUAGGGUUCGUGAAUAUUGCUGUCAUCUUCAUUGCUUUCACAAAAAAAAUAUAAUGUCUUUGGGAUGCAUGGCUGUGUCAUCAUAAUCUCUACUGUUCUGGUACCAUUGUACCUAGCUUUCAGCUCAUCAUCGCCUGUGGUUGGUUGCUUUAGCAAAUGAUAGGGCCUAUGGGCCAGAUGUUCCCCAGCCCUGUGUUAAAUGAAAAGAAUGGGUCAGAUGAUCUCAACCUCUAAACCUGUAUUAGACUGGUUGAAGAAAGAAAUGAACUAUGAGUUUUAGAGUUCCCUUAUAGGGUAGGAUCAUUUGGAGCAGCAAGAGCCAUUGAGUUGUAGAAUGUCAUGGAAUGCUAAGAAUUCCUCAAACAUGAUCAGGUCUAAGUCUC